UCCGCAGCUGGCUCGGCUGGUACUACCACCACCACUGCUCCACCUCCGCGCGAGAGAGCGAGCUCCCUCCCUCCUCCGCAAUGGCAGCGAGAUCUCGCCGCCGCUGAAGGCUACGCCCCCCCUGCUGCUACCUGCACGCGCGGCGUCCCCCUAGUUGUUCUGUACUCAAAACAUGGCCCAUGUUUCGUUCAAAUCCAAGGAAGCUGACAGCAUGUCCCGCUGGUCGAAGUACCUAAGCACUGAAGAGUCACCCCCCUCAGCAUCAGUAAGUUGGAGGACUAUGGGUGUUGAUGGUCCUCAAGGUUCUGCAAGUGGACAGAAACAUCUUCAGAUGGAGCCAGUCGUCCAACUGUCAAAGGUCGCUGAAGGAUUGUUGGCCAAAAUGUAUAGGCUGAAUAGCAUCUUGGACUAUCCUGAUCCAAAUAUGCACACAUUUUCAGAAGCAUUUUGGAAAGCUGGUGUUAUGCCAAAUUUCCCAAAAAUUUGCAUUACACUAUCAAAGAAAUUUCCUGAACAUCCUAACAAGCUGCAGCUUGAAAAGGUAGAUAAGUUUGCUCUUGAUGCUUUGAAUGAAAACGCAGAAGGUUACAUGCAAAAUCUUGAGCAAUGGAUCAUGUUGCUUCUUGAUUUGCUGGAAUUCCGUGAGCAAGCUCUGCGGCUUAUUUUAGACCUGAGCAGCACAGUCAUAACAUUACUGCCACAUCAGAACUCUUUAAUUCUUCAUGCCUUCAUGGAUCUUUUUUGCUCUUUUGUGCGAGUUAGUCUUUUCUCUGACAAGAUACCUAGAAAGAUGAUCCUUCAAGUUUACAACCUCUUGCACAUCAUGCUAAAGGGUGGCCGUGAUUGUGAAUUUUAUCAUAGAUUGGUUCAAUUUGUGGACUUAUAUGAUCCACCAGUCAAGGGGUUGCACGAAGAUCUAAAUUUUGUGAGCCCACGUAUUGGAGAGGUCCUGGAGGCUGUUGGUCCAAUUAUCUUUCUUUCAACUGAUACAAAAAAGUUAAGAAAUGAAGGGUUCCUUAGCCCAUUUCAUCCACGUUAUCCGGACAUCCUUACAAACUCUGCUCAUCCUAUGAGGGCCCAAGACCUGGCUAAUGUAACAUCAUAUCGUGAAUGGGUUCUUCUUGGAUAUCUUGUUUGUCCGGAUGAACUACUUCGAGUGACCAGUAUAGAUGUUGCGAUGGUUGUUCUGAAAGAAAAUUUAGUACUCUCCCUGUUCAGAGAUGAGUACAUCUUACUUCACGAGAACUAUCAGCUCUAUGUCCUUCCAAAAGUUUUAGAAUCAAAGAGAAUGGCUAAAUCUGGACGUACUAAGCAAAAGGAAGCUGAUCUGGAAUACAAUGUUGCAAAGCAGGUUGAGAAAAUGUUAAUGGAAGUACAUGAACAAGCAUUGGUGUCAGCUGAUGCUUUACAUCAUGAAAGGAGAAUUCUUCUGAAACAGGAAAUUGGAAGGAUGGUUUUGUUUUUCACAGAUCAACCUAGUCUUCUAGCUCCUAAUAUUCAGAUGGUAUUUUCUGCUCUUGCUUUGGCUCAAUGCGAGGUGGUUUGGUACUUCCAGCAUGUGGGGAUCGCAUCAUCAAAAUCUAGUCGAGGGAGAACUUUUGACAUUGAUGCAGCAGACCCAACUAUUGGAUUCCUAUUAGAUGGAAUGGGCAAACUUUGUUGCCUGGUUCGCAAAUAUACAGCAGCAAUAAAAGGUUAUGCAUUAUCAUACUUGUCAUCUUGUGCUAGAAGAAUACGGUUCUUGCUUGGUACUCCAGGCAUGGUUGCUCUUGACUUAGAUGCCACCCUGAAGGGCCUGUUCCAGCAAGUCCUCCAUUGCCUGGAAAACAUUCCGAAACCUCAGGGGGAAAAUGUCCCUGCUAUUACUUGUGACUUAACUGAUUUGCGGAAGCACUGGCUAUCCAUAUUGAUGAUUGUCACAUCUUCACGAUCAUCCGUAAAUAUUAGACAUUUGGAGAAGGCUACUGUGUCUACUGGGAAGGAGGGUCUGGUCUCAGAAGGCAAUGCUGCUUACAAUUGGUCUAGAUGUGUGGAUGAACUUGAGGGUCAGCUUUCCAAACAUGGAAGCCUUAAAACACUUUACUUUUAUCAUCAGCAUCUUACAACGGUCUUCAGAAACACAAUGUUUGGUCCAGAAGGCCGUCCCCAACAUUGCUGUGCAUGGCUUGGAGCAGCUUGCUGUUUUCCAGAAUGUGCUUCUUCAAUUAUUCCUGAAGAGGUUAACAAGAUUAGUAGAGAUUCCAUCUCAUAUGUUGAGUCCCUUAUCGAGUCUAUAAUGGGUGGAUUGGAAGGUUUGAUAAAUAUUCUAGAUUCGGAAGGUGGAUUUGGUUCACUAGAGAUGCAGCUUUCGCCAGAGCAAGCAGCUAUUCGAUUGAAUAAUGCAACAAGAGCGAAAACUGUUUCAGGCUUGUUAGCACCAGGGCAUGAGAGCUAUCCUGAUAAUAGUUCUUCAGUUAAGAUGCUGGAAGCUGCCAUGCAAAGGUUGACAAGUCUAUGUUCUGUUCUAAAUGACAUGGAGCCUAUUUGUGUUCUCAAUCAUGUUUUUAUUCUCCGAGAGUACAUGAGGGACUGCAUCAUAGGUAAUUUUAGGAGAAGAUUUCACAGCAUGAUUAGAACUGAUAACUGCCUUCAGCGACCAUCAGUCAUAGAAUCUCUUCUAAGAAGACACCUGAGCAUCAUCCAUCUGGCAGAACAGCAUAUCAGUAUGGACCUUACUGAAGGUAUACGGGAAGUGCUACUUGCAGAGAGUUUUACUGGGCCAUUUCCCAACCUGCAAGUAUUUGAGACACCAGCAGAAACACAGGGAGGAGGAUCUGCCAUAGACAUAAUAUCUAAUUGGUACAUUGAGAAUUUCGUAAAGGAUGCAUCUCGCGCUGGAGUUAUUUUUGAUGCAACUCAGAAUUGCUUUAGGAGCUCACAGCCUAUUGGUGGUGGAUAUUUAGCGGAAGCAUUCACAGAUAAAAGAGAACUCAAAGCACUUGUUCGUCUAUUUGGUGGUUAUGGAAUAGAUAGGUUGGAUAAGUUGUUAAGGGAACAUACAUCUGCUCUACUAAAUUGCAUCGACUCAGCUCUUAGGUCAAACCGUGAUCCCUUAGAGGGCCUUGCUGGAAGUGUAAACUCCGGUGAUAGGAUUGAAAGAGAUGCAAAUCUAAAGCAGAUAAUUGACAUCGAAACAUUGGCUGACUUCUGUAUCCAGGCAGGCCAGGCAAUAACUUUUCGACGGUUAUUGGUAGAAGCUGUUGGGGCUGUCCUUGAAGAGAAGGUACCUCUCAUAUAUUCCCUGCUGAAGGGAUUAGCUAUGCAGUUGCCAGAUGAGCUACCUGAUGGAAAUGAGAUCAUUAGACUAAGAAGGGUCGCUAGCAGUGUUGGUGUCGGUGACAAACAUGAUGCCGAGUGGGUCCAUUCUAUUCUGACAGAAUUAGGUUCUGCUAAUGAUAAUUCUUGGACCUUACUUCCAUAUCUUUGUGCUGCAUUUAUGGUGUCCAAUGUUUGGAGCACUGCUGUUUAUGAUGUCAAUACAGGUGGAUUCGGUAACAAUUUGCAUUGCUUAGCAAGGUGUGUAAGUGCUGUGGUUGGAGGAAGUGAGUACACUAGGAUGGAAAGGGAACGUCGGAGAAGUUCUCUUUCAAAUGGGCAUAUGGAUGAGCUUCAAGAGUCUGAAUUACUGAGCCAUGUCUCAGCUGAAGCAAAUAUUAAAUCUGCUAUGCAACUCUAUGUCAAAUUGUCUGCAGGGUUAGUCCUGGAUUCGUGGAAUGACACUAGCAGGCCACACAUUGUUCCAAAGCUAAUAUUCCUCGAUCAACUCUGUGAGAUGUCCCCCUACCUCCCAAGGAGCACCUUAGAAGUUCACAUACCUUACACCAUUCUCCGUUCAAUCUACCAUCAGUUAUAUGGAGCUUCACUGAUGGCCUCAGAACCAAUGGAGCCAUCACCAAGGCAGUCCCCUCUGAUAUCUCUGGCACAUGCAUCACCAUCAAUGAAGCCAAAUCGAGCUGAUACAACACCCAGAUCUCAUACUUUCGACCUGGGAUACCAUAGUUCAUCUGGGUCCCAGUACGACGAAAGCUAUGAAGGGGAUAGAAGAACUGGAGAGAGGCAACUGCGCAGUAUGAGGCGAUCAGGGCCACUAGAUUACACUGGAAGCAGGAAAGUGAAGUUUGUGGAGGGUUCAAGCUCUGCAAGCCAUGGUGGUGGCUCAUUGCAGAGAUUUGCUGUGUCAAGAUCUGGCCCCCUUUCUUACAAAUAAGACUACGAUAAACAACACUAAUCUGCUGGCAAUCAGUAUCUAGCAAUUUGUAUUUGAGUGGACUCCUGCCAAUGCCCCCUUUCGACUUUGUAGAUCAUCCGAGCAUGUGUUAUUUAGCUCCUUCACAUCAAGAUAGAGUAAUAUGUAUUGUAGCUGUAUUUACGUACCUAGUGCACUUGUAAGUAAUCCCUCCUGUAAGCUGGAAUUUCGGUAGAGAACUUUGCAGUUUGUGUAAUAUUAAUGUGCUAGCUGUAUGUGUGUUAAUGCAAAUGGAUUGUACAAUCACCUAACCCAGAUGUAACGAACGACCAUAA